CCGAUGCCAAUAUUUCAGAAAAAGUUCGCCCCAAAACUGAUACCACCGCGUACCCGGCGGCUCAAUAUUGGUUGUCCGGCGCCCUCGCCAGCCGACGAUGUCGACGAUUUCCGUUCCAUCACGCUCAAUCUCGUCGACCGGCAGCUGUGCUUUAUCGAUGGUGUCUGGAUGAACGGGCUCCAGACACGGCCAUCCGAUGCCGGCCCGGUCCCGGGCCCGGGCGCUGGAUCAUCCGUUUCCGGUGGAAGCGCCGCGACGGCCGCGGCGGUUACCGAUGAUAUGAUGCGGAUGCGACGACGCCUCAAAACCGUCGAGCAGGAAAACAAUCUGCUGCAGGUGAAGCUGGACGUGCUGGUCGAUCUGCUGACGGAGAAUAUGAUCGAACUGAAUGGCAUUAAAAACCAGUGACGUAACGGACCGACCGACCGACCGGGUUAGAGUGGUAUGGAGUGGGCGAGGAGGUGACAUUCUCUUUCCCUUUUUUGUGUGGCUUCUUUCGUUUGUUUUUCUUAAUUUUAUCCGCGAUAACACAAUGCCGCACUCUGCCGAAGGAUAAAG